AUGGAUAAGAAUUUCAAUAAAAUUGUUCGAAGUGCUGGGCGAGCCUGUCGUCAAGGUCAGAACGAAUAACACCUUGCCAAAGUUCUAUCAUGGCGCGAGAAUAUGGAGGACGUUGUUUUCUGCUUGAAACUCCUAAUUACCCGUGCAGACAAGGAGUGCGAGUUGAAAAAGUUUCGAAUCCAACUGAUCGACGCCCUGCUACAGAUCCUCUCUUCCAAUGACACAGCCGACUCGAAAGCUCACAUGCAGGAGUUGAAUCGCUUCACAGCCGCCCUUCUGGCUCGAAUAUACCGUGACUUGCACAACAACUCGGCCGCUUCAGAAUUGUUAAAUAAGUAUCUAGAUAGUCGCAUCUUCGCGUACUCCACUCUACAUCUCAACUACCUUCAAGUCUUCAUCGAUCUUCUCUCGAGAUGUUUGACAACACCCCAGGCGAAUUCUCCUGUCAUUCAGAUUUCAGAUGGGGGCAAUAUCGAUGUCAGCAAGAUCUGCACGACAUUCUCGUGGGCCUUCAAAAUAAUUGCAAAAUCUAGGGAAAUGGAGAUGAAGAAAAUGAGUAACGGAAACUCACCACAAGCCCUCAAAGCGGAGCAAGAGUUCGUCAGGACCGUGGACAAGUUCUUCGAAGUCGUUUUAGAAGUAGCUGCAGUUGGAGUUGAUCAACUCUUAAAGAGUCACAUAUUCAAGCACAUAUCAGAGGUGAUUGACCCCUUGGCUCGUGUUUACCCACGCAGCAGUCUAACUGAUUACUUGGAGCGUCUAGUUCAACGAACUAUUCAGUGCCCGAAUUUACCAAAUCACAACAUUCUCAGUGGAUGUCUUCGAUCUGUUCUAAUGGAGGAUGCAACGUCUCGGAGUAUUCUCAUACCCCCGAUAAUUGCAAAUUUAAUGAAGCUCUUCUCUACAAACCUCGAUAUAACACUGGAACCUUGCCGAUCUGAGACAAACUCAAUGAUGUCAUACUUCUGCAAUAUCCUCACCCUCUUUAUGGGACGAUUUGUGGAGACAGUGAACGCCUCUCACCCCUCCUGUUCUGAUUCUACCCCUUCUGAAUUCCACGAGCUCUUUGUGAAACAAGGUUUCUUGAGAUGGGUCAUGAGGGAGUAUGGAAGGAUUUUAGUAGCGCUGCAAAGAACAGCUUCCUCAGCGCAGAAUUCUCGACCAGCAUCAUCAGAAUUAAUGCCUACCACGGGACAAGUUCUUUUGGCUUCUCAAUCGCCUGCUAAAGCUCGGUUUCUCUAUCUUCAACCCGUUUUGGUCGCGUAA